GUUCACUUUAAGAACACUUGUGAAACUGCCCAGGCCAUCAAGGGUAUGCAUAUUCAAAAAGCCACCAAGUAUUUACAGGAUGUCACUUUACAGAAGCAAUGCGUGCCAUUCCGUCAUUACAAUGGUGGAGUUGGUAGAUGUGCCCCGACCAAACAGUGGGGUUGGACACAGGGUUGGUGGCCCAAAAAGAGUGUUGAAUUUUUGCUGCACAUGGUUAAAAAUGCAGAGAAUGCUGACUUAAGGGGUUUAGAUAUAUAUUCUCUGGUCAUUGAACACAUUCAGGUGCACAAAAUUCCCAAGAUGCAACAUAGAAUUUACAGAGCUCAUGGGUGGAUUAACCCAUACUUCAGCCCUCUCUACCACAUUGAGAGGAUCCUUACUGAAAAAGAGCAGACUGUUCCCAAAACAGAAAAGGAGGUUGCACAGAAGAAAAAGAUAUCCCAGAAGAAACAAAAAUUA